AUAGCAAUUGCAGAGGUUUACAAGAAUGAGGGUAACGAUGAAUACAACAAGAAGAAUUACAACAGCGCCAUUCACUUCUACACUGAAGGAAUCAAAGCGAACUGCAAGGAUAAAGAUCUUAACGCCAAACUGUACAGCAACAGGGCGGCAGCACAUUUUAAUUUGGGUAAGAGUUGUUAUAUAUUAGCUUUAAAAAAUCACACCUUUUGGUCUAUUAACUGAUUAGCAUCAUUAAAUAGUGCACGCAGAAACUUUCGAAGUAGUUAGUAGUUGUUAAGUAAGGCUAAUUGCUUCCUAUCUCCUUGCUCUGUUAAACCUAUCAGACCGACAGCACAUUUUAAUUUGGGUAAGAGUUGUUAUAUAUUAGCUUUUAAAAAUCUUAUCUUUGGUCUAUUGAACUGAUCGGCAUCAAUGAAUGGACUGCGCAUAGAAACUUGCCAACGAGUGCAGUAGUUGCUAGGUAAGUACGUUGUAAGCUAUCGUAACCUCUCCCCUUGUUCUGUUAUACCUAUCUGAGCUGUUAAAGAGUGUGUUCUUUUUUUCAUUUUCAUAGGCAAUUACUCUGAAACAGUGAAAGAUGCUAAAGCUACCACUGAAUUGCAACCAUUCUUUCUGAAAGCUUUUGUGAGAGGUAAGAGUUCCAAUUCGGCCAGGAAUCAGGUAGACGAAGAAUCACUUAGUGGAUGUGCUACCUCUAAAUCGUUAUUCAUUUAUUUUAUUUUAUUUUAUUUAUUUCAUUUAUUUAAGAGUUACAGUUGUGUGUUUAUACGGAACGAGAAAGCGACUGAUCCAAACCUCGAGGCCAUGUUAGCCUGCGAGCAAGCUCUCCUGUUUGGGCAAACGAAGCGAACCUCGUUUUUCACUCGCCCAAACAGGAGAGGUUGCUCGCAGGCUAAGGCCAUGUGGGUUUGCACAGCAUAACAUUUUCGCGCUGUGAUGUAAUAUUUUUAAAUAAUGAUUAUCUACGGACGAGUUGCUUCUUCAAUCUGCAAUUUAAGCAUUACUUUAUAGCGAUUUUUCGGAAUUAUUAUGCCACAAUGAAAACUAUAAGCAUUUAACUAUUCAGGUCCAGGGUUUUAGGGAAAGAGGAACUAAAUUUUUAUUGAAAGGACCUUUAUCCGUGCUUCUCCGAAUUUUUCUGAGGGGAGGGGGCGGCUGCACACAGGCUAUUCAAAACUUUGACUUGUUAAAUUUAACUACGAAUGAAGAAUCAAUGCGGAGGGUCGGUAGGUUCUUCAUUUAGAGCCGCGUAAGCAUCGGUGAUCGAUUUUUGUGAGAUUUAUAAUUCGAACUCUGUCAUUUCCACCGUCAUGAAGUGUAAUGACUCUGUUAGCUUUUCGUUCUUGUUUUCUUUCUUCUUUACUAAGAAACAAAUAGCUUUUUUUCAAUCAAGGCAAAUUGUUGUGGUUUUGAAGUGUCCCGUGAGUGUAUUAAUCUCAUUACGUGACCGCGAUCGAGUUUAAUUAUUGAAUUAUGGCGCUGUACUCUGCUAUCAGUUUUUUCGGCGAUAGAUUCGUUCAAAGUACUGCUUGCAGUUGACAGUUUGAACGUUAAAAGUGAAUUAUGUUUAAGAGUAAAUCAAUUCUGUACCAUAUAGACAUUUCCAGACGAUAGUUUUUUGUUUGCCAGUUGAAAAUCGUGUUUUGAUUUUUGUAUGAAUUAAGGUUUUCGAGUAGUGACGUCACUGCACAGCAUUAACGGCCGGGCGAUUUAGACGUUACUGAGGGAGUAAACGACUCGAAGAAAUGGCUGAAAUUAAAACUAGAAUCUCCGGUUAUAAUUCUCGAUAUGUAAUUUUGUCCAUUAUAUUUUUAUUUCAAAAUACGAAUCGGACAUUAUUUUUCUUCAUUUGCAGCUCAUUAAAAAUAUUUUGUAGCUAACGUAUGUGCUGCUUUUUGCCUUGACAGGGGCAAGUGCCUGCAUUCAGUUGAAAAAGUUUAACGAAGCCAAAGCGUGGUGUGAUAACGGAUUAGCAGUAUCCUUUACAGGAAUUGAUACUUGA